AUGUUGUUUCUCAGUUGGCUGCUUCUUAUAUACCAGAUCUCCUUCACGUACGGCAAGGCUAUACCAAGAAAUGAACUUUGCGUAACGGCAAUCGACACAGCUUAUGGCUACAUCACUUUUGCCGGACUCGCAAACAAAAAUUGGCAGGAAUAUCGGUGCCAGAAUACGCUCCGUGUUCUAUCACUAUAUGCAGCAUCCGAAAGAUACUGUGAUUUAUCUGAGAAAGGCCCCGGCUUCGCUCAACUUCAGGCCCAAUGUCGAGCAUCAGGUUUAGACUUGAUCCCUCGGGAGACGUUUGCAGCUAAUUUGACGGAUCAUGCUAUCAGCCGUAUGCGUGUCAUGGAAUUCCGAGAGCUGCCAAAAAAAGAGCUAGUUGAUACUCCUGUGCUGAUUUCAAAAUUGUAUUUUGACCGUGUGUUUCGAACCAUUGAUACUUGGGAGUUUGAACUUUGGUCCCACUACACAUUCGGAUACCUUGGAUAUGCAUAUUGGGCCGCUGUUAUUAUCAUUGGGAUGCUACACAAACUGGCAGUCCAAACUAUCUCUUCUCGACGUAUACAAUCAUCAUUCCGACCACUCACCCCAAUAGUAUCGUUUUAUCAUUGGGUUCAAACUCAUCUAAUUGUCCCCGGUCAGCCUACCCUAUAUGGACGCCGACUGUUCUGGUGGACAUUUCCCAGUCGCAUUGAUGCGGUUAUCGUCAGCCUGUUCUGGAUUCUAAGCAUCUUUCUGUGCCUCAUCGGAUAUCGAACAUUUCCUGAGAAUAUCUACUGGUCUGACAUCUCUGCGCAAUUUCUUCGCUAUGCGGCCGACCGGACGGGAAUUCUUUCAUUUGCCAAUAUUCCUCUACUCUGGCUGUUCGCCGGACGGAACAAUAUUCUCAUCUGGGCUACGGGCUGGAGCUUUUCCACGUUCAACCUGUUUCACCGGCAUGUAGCCUGGAUAGCUACUUUUCAGGCAGUGGCCCAUACCGCCCUGUAUACUGUGUUAUUCAUCGAAGCUGGCAAUGCAUGGAAGAAGAUGCAGAAACCUUAUCUUUUUUGGGGGACGCUGGCUAUGGCCACGAUGGUCUUCAUCUUUCCGUUCGCAGUCGAUUGGUUCCGUCGCAGGGCGUAUGAGACGUUUCUUGUCCUCCAUAUUUUCUUUUCUAUCGCAGCUCUGGUCGGCUGCUUCUACCAUGUCAUCAUCUUUGAAGACCACGAAUACUGGUUCUACCUAUGGCCUGCGGUUGUCAUAUGGAUUGCUGAUCGGGUUCUGCGCUUGGUUCGCAUUGUGCAAUGUAACCUGCAUAUCCGAUUUAUUGGUCGAGAUUACGUCCAAUGCACAAGAAGUAGGGCCAUUUAUGACGAGGCGGCAGAUGUUAUCCGCGUGGAGCUGACACCUGGCUCCAACCUUCGUCCACGUCCAGGACAGUACUAUUAUCUCUACCAGCCCUUCCGAUUCACGGGCUGGGAAAACCACCCGUUCACCCUUGGUGCCUGGUCGUAUAAGCAGCAUACUGGAGCUACUCCCGAGGGCAAGAAUCACGACUCGGACGUAUCACAGAUACCACUUCUCUCCGACUCAGAAGAUUCAGAGUACGGCUCUAUAUCCACUGACAAAGCAGGCAACGCUCAGCUAACACUGGUAUUCUGGAUCCGACCCUACGACGGCUGGACACGCCAUCUGCGCGAUCAGUGCAUUCAGUCUCCCACCAGAACAAUCAUCCCUAAAAUUCUCCUUGAAGGGCCGUACGGAGAGCAAGUUCCGCUCUGGAGGUACGAGUCUAUCCUCCUCAUCGCAGGCGGAACCGGAAUCGCUGCCGCGGUCCCAUACAUUCAACUUAUGCUUCAAUCUUCUGAAGAGACAUGCCCUCGAGAGAUACACCUUGUGUGGACCACGCGACAGCCAGCGUUUAUCCGGGAUGUGGCAACGCGGGAGCUGAAGCACGCAUUGGGAAGGAAGGAGUUCCGCGCCUCUUUCUACAUUACCCCUUCCUCUUGCAACGGCCUUGCUGAGAUCGCGGAAGAUAUCGAGAUGUCCCAGGGGCGGCCUGACUUACAGAAUCUGAUUACCAUGCAAGCACAAGAGGCAACGCUGAGUGCUUCUUCAAUGGCAGUGCUGGUGUGCGGGCCGUCGGGGAUGGCGGCCCAGGCACGGGCGGCGGUGCACCUGGCUCUCCGUCGGGGCUGUCUGCCAAUUCGAUAUGUGGAAGAGUCUUUUGAUUGGUGA